AUGGCAGUUGGAAAAGUCGACGCUGUUUUGUCAUUGAAAUGGGAGAUUGAAAAUUACUUGACGGUAAGCAGCGAAAAGAACGUCGGGGACUAUUUGGAAUCGCCGAAAUUUCCGGCCGACGACGCGGACGGUGUCGAGUCUGUCGACGGUAUCAGUUACAAUAAUAUUCAAUGGCACAUGACUUUGUAUCCAAAGGGAAAAACUGAAGAAGCUAAUAAUCAUUUGUCGCUAUUAUUACAUGCGAAUGAAGAGAUACGAGCAGUGGGUACUUUUAUUAUUUACAAUAACUUCGGUCAAAAAGUAUUCAAUUACAGCAUGAAGGAACACGUAUUUGGCAAAACAGCUGACCACGCUUGGGGAAACGCAAAAUGUUUAUCACGAGAUUUCAUUGAAAAUCCAGCAAAUCGCAUGUUAAAUAACAAAAAAUUGACGAUCGUGUGCGAAAUAAGAAUUAUGGAAAUCAUAAAGCAAAAAAUAGAUGACCCACUGCAACGACUUCGAGACAACUACGAGGCUCUUAUCAACGACGAAAAAUUUAGCGAUGUAGCCCUUGUUUCGGACGGUAAAACCGUGAGAGCGCACAAGUGCAUACUCGCUAAAAGAAGUCCAGUGUUUGCCGCCAUGUUCGGCACCGAAAUGAGGGAGACGAUCGAGAACACCGUGGAGAUCACCGAUGUCAAGUAUGACAUUCUCGUGGAAAUGAUUCGCUUUGUUUACGCCGAGAAGGUCAAUGAUAUCGAUGCACUAGCGAGCGAACUUGCGGUCGCAGCCGACAAAUAUGCACUGGAUGGACUGAAGAAAUACUGCGAGCAGACGCUAAUGAAGAAUUUGUGCAUCGGCAAUGUCUUCGCUCGUCUUCAACUUGCCGACACACUUUUGAUGGAUAAGUUGAAGGAGAAAGCAAUCAAAUUGAUGAUUGAAAACGCGUGUUAUAUCUGUAGUAGACCGGAAUUCGACUUGUUGUCUCGUAACAUUGUACGCGAAGUAUUUCAAAGUAUGGCCAAUAAGGACAAUUAG